AUGAAUGACACAGAAUUAAAAAAUUUAAUUGGUGAUUUAGUAUUUAAUCAAAAUUUUCUUAGUUAUAAUGAAUUAAAAUCAUAUCUCCAAAAACAUAAUGAAAAUAUAACGGAUGAUGAUAUGGAAUAUUAUUAUUCAUAUUAUGAUAAUGAAUUUUUGAAAUAUCAUGAUAAAAUAAUUUCUGAAAUUAAAGACAAAAUUAAAAAUAAUGAAUAUUCAAAGGGAAAAACUAAAUCACAACUUAAACGGUUGAAAGAUUUCAAAAAUAAAGUAUUAACAGAAGAAGAUAUUGAUGAAUUAUAUAAUUUAUAUAAUCCUGAGCCGCAAAAGCAAAAGGAACAAAACGCCCAAGUCCUUCAGACCAUAAAUGAUGCACAAGCUUUAAUUUAUGAUUCAUUAGUUAAACCAUAUUCAGCCCGACUUUUAAAUGAAGAUCAACUUUUGGAAUUCAUCCUUCAACAUAAACUCGAAGCGGGAAAGUAUAUCAAACCUUUAUAUACAGCAUAUUUAAAACAAAUGAAUAGAAUACAUCCAGAAUUAAUGAAGGGGGGAAUGAAUUCCAAAAUCAAAGCAGAUAAAAUUAAACCACUUGCAACACCAAAACCUCCAACGACAGUACCUGCAACACCAAAACCUCCAACGACAGUACCUGCAACACCAAAACCGCCUCCUCCUUCAGUUAAUCCUUCAUCAUUCACUUUAUUAUAUCUAUUUCAAACAUUAAAGAAGCAAAAAGAUUUUAAAAAGGGUUUCAAGAUAUUAAAUAAACCAACUGACCCGAAAAUUCAACCGUUAAAGGAAAAAUUUAG